CAGCUAUCAUGCUAACAACCCUGCAGAGACCUGUAAUCGAUUUGAGAACAUCUCACCACUUUUAAUAGACAGGGUCCAUUCAUGUGACGUCUGAUGUCCUGGAAUCAAGCCAACGCUGAACCAUGGUCAUUCUGCAGCAGGGCGACUAUGUGUGGUUGGACCUCAAAACGGGUCGCGAGUUUGACGUUCCCGUGGGGGCGGUGGUCAAACUGUGCGACUCCGGUGAGAUCCAAGUCCUGGACGACGAAGGCCGGGAACACUGGAUCUCCCCUCAGAACAGCACCCACAUCAAGCCCAUGCACCCCACCUCCAUCCAGGGGGUGGAGGACAUGAUCCGAUUGGGUGACCUCAAUGAAGCGGGCAUCCUGCGCAACCUGCUGAUCCGUUACAACGAACGCGUCAUCUAUACGUACACCGGUUCCAUUCUAGUGGCCGUCAAUCCCUACCAACUGCUGCCCAUCUACACCCCCGACCAGAUCCGCUUGUACACCAACAAGAAGAUCGGCGAGAUGCCGCCGCACAUCUUUGCCAUCGCUGACAAUUGCUACUUCAACAUGCAGCGCAACAACAAGGACCAGUGCUGUAUCAUCAGCGGUGAGUCCGGAGCCGGGAAAACCGAGAGCACCAAGCUGAUUCUUCAGUUCCUGGCGGCCAUCAGCGGUCAGCACUCUUGGAUUGAGCAGCAGGUCCUGGAGGCCACGCCCAUCCUCGAAGCCUUCGGGAACGCCAAGACCAUCCGUAACGACAACUCCAGCCGCUUUGGGAAGUACAUCGACAUCCACUUCAACAAGCGAGGGGCCAUCGAAGGAGCCAAGAUAGAACAGUACCUGCUGGAGAAGUCCCGUGUGUGUCGGCAGGCACCAGAUGAGAGGAACUACCAUAUUUUCUACUGCAUGUUGAAGGGCAUGCUCCCAGAGAUGAAGUCCAAGCUGGGCCUGGGUCUGGCCACGGACUACUGCUACCUAACCAUGGGCCGCUGCACCGAGUGCGACGGUCGCGACGAUCUGACCGACUAUUCCAGCAUCUUGGCGGCCAUGAAGGUCCUCAUGUUCACCGAGACCGAGACCUGGGAGAUCUCCAAACUGCUGGCCGCCAUCUUGCACAUGGGCAACCUGAGAUUUGAGGCUCGUACAUAUGACAACUUAGAUGCCUGCGUCGUCGUCAGAUCACCAGACCUGGUCACCGCUGCGUCGCUUAUGGAGGUGGAGCCCAAGGAUGUCAUGGUGUGUCUGACCACUCGAACUCUAAUCACACGUGGCGAAAGUGUAGCCACACCUCUCAAUGUGGAACAAGGACUGGAUGUUCGGGACGCCUUCGUUAAGGGUAUUUACGGCAGGUUGUUUGUGUGGAUCGUGGACAAGAUCAACGCUGCCAUAUACAGACCGCCGUCCUGCGAUGACACUAACAUCAUGCGUCGGUCCAUUGGCUUGUUGGACAUCUUUGGAUUCGAGAACUUCAUCGUUAACAGUUUCGAGCAGCUGUGCAUCAACUUCGCCAACGAGAACCUUCAGCAGUUUUUCGUGCGGCACGUCUUCAAGCUGGAGCAGGAGGAGUACAACUUGGAGGACAUCAGCUGGCAGCACAUCGAGUUCACCGACAACCAGGACGCGCUGGACAUGAUCGCCAACAAACCCAUGAACAUCAUUUCCCUCAUUGACGAGGAGAGCAAGUUCCCAAAGGGAACCGACGCCACGAUGUUGUACAAGCUCAACUCGCAGCACAAACUCAACUCAAACUACAUCCCCCCGAAAAACAGCUACGAGAGCCAAUUUGGUAUCCAACACUUUGCUGGUGUGGUGCACUACGAAACCAGAGGCUUCCUGGAGAAAAACCGCGACAGCCUCCACACGGACAUCAUCCAGCUCGUUCACUCAUCUAAGAACAAGUUCAUCAAGCAGAUCUUCCAGGCAGACGUGGCCAUGGGUGUGGAGACCAGGAAGCGUUCGCCGACGCUGAGCAGCCAGUUCAAGCGUUCGCUGGAGAUGCUGAUGCGCACGCUCAGCGUAUGUCAGCCCUUCUUUGUCCGCUGCAUCAAACCCAAUGAGUUCAAGAAACCGAUGCUGUUCGACAGAGAGCUGUGCAUCCGUCAGCUGCGCUACUCUGGCAUGAUGGAGACCAUCCGGAUCAGACGGGCCGGGUAUCCCAUCCGAUAUUCCUUCGCCGAGUUUGUGGAUCGUUAUCGAGUCCUCUUGCCCGGCGUGAAACCUGCCCACGUACAAGAGAACCUGCGAGGAACCUGCCAACAGAUAGUCCUGGCCAGACUGGGAAGACACGGAGACUGGCAGAUCGGAAAAACCAAGAUUUUCCUCAAGGAUCACCACGACAUGCAGCUGGAGAUUGAGCGGGACAAGGGCAUCACCGACAAGGUCAUCCUCAUCCAGAAGGCAGUGCGUGGACUCAAGCAGAGGACCACCUUUCUCCGACUGAGGAGUGCUGUAACCGUCAUCCAGAAGCUUUGGCGAGGUUACUGCUGCAGGAAGAACUACAAAAUUAUGCGCCGAGGGUUCCUGCGACUGCAGGCCGUCUACCGAGCAAGGAAGUACUACACGAGCUACCGCGCCACCCGCCGCUGCGUGGCCCUCAUCCAGGCCCGCUGCAGGGGUUUCCUCAUCCGCCAGACGUUCUGGCGGCGUCUCCACGCCGUGUUGACGAUCCAGGCCUACACCAGGGGCAUGAUAGCCAGACGCCUCGGUCAGAGGCUCAGGGCGGAGCUGCAGCAUCGCCUGGAGGCCGAGCGCCAGCGUCUGGCUGAGGAGGAGCGGCUCUGCAACCAGAUGACGGCGAGGCGCGCCAAGGCCGAGGCGGACCGGAAGCACCAAGAACGCCUGGUCCAGCUGGCCCAGCAGCAAGAGGAGCGUGAGCGCGAGGAGCGGGAGGAAGCCCGCAGGAAGAAGGAGAUGCUGGAGCAGAUGGAGAGGGAGCGCGAGCAGCCGGUGGACCAUUCGGACAUGGUGGACCGAAUGUUCGGAUUCUUGGGGAACCCCGGAUCGCUGCCCAACCAGGAGGGCCAAGCUCCCGCUGGCUUUGAGGACUUGGUGAACGUGCCCCGUGGUGAGGAGGCCGAGGUAGAGGUGGUGAAUGAAGCUCUGCCAUUGCCCGAUGAGGAAGACGAGGACCUGUCCGAGUACAAGUUCUCAAAAUUUGCAGCAACGUACUUCCAAGGCAUCUCCACUUGCACGUACAUCAAGCGACCGCUGAAGCAGCCAUUGCUCUUUCACGAAGAUGAAGGAGACCAGCUGGCCGCGUUAGCCGUGUGGAUCACGGUGCUGCGGUUCAUGGGCGACCUGCCCGAGCCCAAAUGCCAACUGGUCCUCAAUGACGGAAGCGAAAAGAUCCCCGUCAUGACCAAGAUCUACGAAACCCUCGGCAAGAGGACCUACAAGAGGGAGCUGCAGGAAUUGCAGUUGGAAGCGGAGAACAGCUCCAUUGAAAGUCAGAAGAGGAACAGUGUUCGACAUAAGCUUGUGUCUCUCACCCUGAAGAGGAAGUCCAAGAUCACUGAAGAGGUGACAAGGCGCUUGACCGAGGGGGAUUACGGCCUCCAGGGGAACAGCAUGCUGGAGGACCGACCUACGUCCAACCUGGAGAAACUUCACUUCAUCAUCGGAAACGGCAUCCUCAGACCUGCCCUCAGGGAUGAGAUCUACUGUCAGAUCUGCAAGCAGCUCUCUCAGAAUCCAUCCAAAAGCAGCCAUGCUCGUGGAUGGAUCCUCCUGUCGCUCUGUGUUGGCUGCUUUGCACCAUCAGAGAAGUUUGUCAAGUAUUUGCGGACAUUCCUGGUCAACGGCCCACCCGGUUAUGCGCCGUACUGCGAAGAAAGACUUAGGAGGACGUUCGUCAACCGUACACGAACGCAGCCUCCGUCUUGGUUAGAGUUACAGGCUACAAAAUCAAAGAAGCCCAUCAUGCUGCCAGUGACGUUUAUGGAUGGGACCACCAAGACUCUCCUGGCGGACUCGGCCACCACCGCCAGUGAGCUUUGCAACGCUCUGGCAGAUAAGAUCAACCUCACGGAUCGCUUUGGUUUCUCAUUGUACAUCGCUCUCUUUGACAAGGUGUCGUCAUUGGGCAGCAGCAGCGACCAUGUCAUGGACGCCGUCUCCCAGUGUGAGCAGUAUGCCAAGGAACAGGGCGCCCAGGAGCGAAAUGCCCCAUGGAGACUGUUUUUCAGGAAGGAGAUCUUCACUCCGUGGCAUGACCCCGCCAAUGACUACGUGGCCACAAAUCUCAUUUAUCAGCAGAUUGUACGAGGAGUGAAGUUUGGAGAGUACCGCUGCGAGAGGGAAGAGGACCUAGCCGAGCUGGCAUCUCAGCAGUAUUAUGUGGAUUACGGCAUAGAAAUCCUGCACGAUCGCCUCCUCAGCCUCAUCCCCUCCUACAUCCCCGACAGAGAGAUUACCUCCGCCAAGACCACAGAGAAGUGGGCUCAGCUCAUCGUCACCGCUCACAAGAAGGGACUGUAUAGUAAGAGAAGGCCCAACACGCAGAAAGUGAAGGAGGAUGUGGUGUCUUUUGCCCGACUUAAGUGGCCUUUGCUGUUUUCGCGCUUCUAUGAGGCCUUCAAAUUCUCAGGGCCGAGCCUGCCCAAGAAUGACGUUAUUGUGGCAGUCAACUGGACCGGUGUUUAUUUUGUCGAUGAGCAGGAACAGGUCCUUCUGGAGCUUUCUUUUCCAGAAAUCAUUGCUGUCUCCAGUAGCAGAGGAGGAAAACUCCAAGGCCAGAGUUUUACGUUGGCCACCAUCAAAGGAGACGAGUACACGUUCACAUCCAAUAAUGCAGAAGACAUCAGAGAUCUAGUGGUCGCAUUCUUGGAAGGUCUGAGAAAGCGGUCUAAGUUUGUGGUCGGACUGCUGGACUGCCCCAACCCUGCGGGUGCGGAGUCCACAUUCCUGAGUUUCUCCAAAGGGGAUCUAAUCAUACUGGAUGAACACGACGGAGAACAAGUGAUGAACUCGGGCUGGGCGCACGGGAUCAACGACAGGACCAAACAGCGAGGAGACUUCCCGGCCGACUGUGUUUACGUCCUUCCCACUGUCACCAGACCGCAGUAUGACAUUGUGGCGCUGGUGACGAUGACUCCAGACCAGCGGCGAGAAUCUGUGACGCUGUCCCAGAUGAGCCUUGCCGACAGUGAGGAUAAAAGCAAAGCCUACACGCUGGAGGAAUUCUCCUACGAUUAUUUUAGGCCUCCUCCAAAGAGCACUCUGAGCAGGGUGAUGAUCUCCAAAACGCGAGGUAAGGAACGUCUGUGGAGCUGCAGCCGAGAGCCUCUCAAGCAGCCUCUCCUGAAGAAGGUCUUAGCCCACGAGGAGCUUUCCCAGGACGCCUGCCAGGUGUUCAUGGCUAUGAUGAAGUACAUGGGUGACUACCCGUCCAAACGGGCGCGUUCCGUCAACGAGCUCACCGAUCAGAUCUUCGAGGGAGCGCUGAAGGCGGAGCCACUCAAAGACGAGAUCUUUUGUCAGAUAGUCAAGCAGCUCACUGACAAUCACAUCAAGCAAGUUCGGCCAACCACGAGGACGCUCGUGCUAGCGGCGCUAACGUGUGGACUCAACAUCACGCUCGGGUGUCAUUUCAGGUACAGUGAGGAAAAGGGAUGGGAGCUGUUGUGGCUGUGUACUGGGUUGUUCCCUCCCAGCAACAUCCUGUUGCCUCACAUCCAGAAGUUCCUCCAGGCCAAGAAGCACUACCCUCUGGCUCCGGAUUGCAUGCAGCGGCUGCAGAAAGCCUUACGUAGAAACGGGUCAAGGAAAUACCCUCCUCACCUGGUGGAGGUGGAAGCCAUCCAGCACAAAACCACGCAGAUCUUCCACAAAGUUUAUUUCCCAGACGACUCGGACGAGGUGUUCGAAGUGGAGUCGAGCACGAAAGCUAAAGACUUCUGCCACAACAUUUCGGGACGUUUGAUGCUCAAAUCGUCGGAGGGUUUCAGCCUUUUUGUCAAGAUCACCGACAAGGUCAUCAGCGUGCCAGACGGCGACUUCUUCUUUGACUUUGUGCGCCACCUUACCGACUGGAUCAAGAAAGCCAGACACGUGAAAGAUGGUGUGGUGCCUUCACUGACCUACCAGGUGUUCUUCAUGAAAAAGCUGUGGACCAACACCAUUCCUGGGAAAGACUCAAUGGCUGACUCAAUCUUUCACUACUACCAAGAGCUGCCGAAGUACCUGCGAGGCUACCACAAGUGUUCCAAGGAGGAAGUGCACCAGCUGGCGGCGCUCAUCUACCGGGUGAAAUUUGAGGACGACAAGUCUCAUUUCCAGAACAUGCCCAAGAUCCUCAAGGACCUCAUCCCUCAGGACCAGAGCCGACAUCUGUCCGCCGACGACUGGAAGAGGUCGAUCAUGUCGGUGUUCAACAAACAAUCUGGAAAAACGAGAGAAGACGCCAAACUGUCCUUCCUCAAAAUCAUCAACAAGUGGGCCACUUUUGGCUCGGCCUUCUUCGAGGUCAAGCAAACCACCGAUCCAAACUACCCAGAAACCCUCCUGAUUGCCAUAAACAAACACGGAGUCAGUCUGAUUGACCCGAAGUCGAAGGACAUCCUGACUACGCACCCCUUCACCAAGAUCUCCAACUGGAGCAGCGGUAACACCUAUUUCCACAUCACCAUCGGCAACCUAGUGCGAGGCAGCAAGCUGCUGUGUGAAACCUCGCUAGGCUACAAAAUGGACGACCUGCUGACAUCGUACAUCAGCCAGAUGCUAACCACCAUGACCAAACAGCGAAGCUCUCGCGGGAGCAGCAAGUGAACGACCAAGCGACGCCAUCUUGGCCCUUAACACUCACUAUUUGCCUUCCGAUUAUCUUUUGUAUGCUAGUUUAUCACCCAUAGGUAGUUGAAUAUUUCAUGGUUCAAUUUUUUCUUGGUGUACGUCACGUCUUUUCCGGUCUCAAUUCCCCGUUUAAUCAAUUUUCCUUUCGUCAAGUUACCUGUAUGUUGUUUUAGCAAGCUAGCUAGCUAGCUUCUCCAUUUCGGAGGGAAGUAGUUUUUCAUAUUUAAAUCCCAAUUUGUCACUAAGUAUGCAAACAAUGUGCCACAGAGACUUCAUCUUCAUUCAAGAUACAUUUUUUUUUUUUUUUAUUGUACGAAGCAUUAGUGUUUUAAACACUUGACGACAUCCCCCGUAGACAUCACCGUCAUCAAUAAAUGACUGGAACAUG